GGCGACAAGAGUGGCAUCGAAGAACACGGUAGCGGAGAAAAUCCGAGGCAAUCGUUCAUUCCCGAUACGAUACCAUACCGUACGAUACUACCGGUGCCGCACUCCUGCCCAGCGUGCAAUUCAUUAGAAAGUCUCAACGAUCCGAUAUCAAACGGGUCGAUAGAAGAAAUGCGAAGAGAAUGUGGCGAGAUGAUCGCGCUCUUGGAUCCCGGGUUGCUUUCCGGGAUGUUGGGAGAGGUACCGUAUGUCUCAUGUUAGUAAUGAGGCCUCCCCAGGUCAUUGGAUGGCGAUGGUCUGACAGGCCAGAUCGCCUCAUUUUCUUCAGCGACCAGUACUGGACCUCGACCUCGUGAAGGAUUCUGGAUCGGUCUCCGAAUUUUUGGAAACCCUCGACACCCCUACAAAUUCCUGUGCUAUUUCUGCAUUCAAGCGACACUGAGGACGCAGUAUCAGGGCCUGGAAUACAGACAUGCAAUCAGUCAACUUUGGGGACGGCAAUGCCCACUGCGGCAACAUAACAGGUAGUUUCAAUAUCUAUAAGUCCGAUGAGGAUGCACGGAUUCUGCGCUGGCUCUCGCCACUCGAGCCGAACCACAGACAUCAGGGCGUGCGCAACGAUCGAUAUGAUGGUGUCGGAGAUUGGUUUUUGGAAAUAAGCGAGUUUCGGGAGUGGAGAAGUAGCGAGGGUGGAGGCGAUGGGGCAGUCUUGUUUUGCAGCGGGAAUCCCGGAGUGGGAAAAACUUGUCUGAGGUAGGUUCAGAGGUUCUUCGAGGGAAGUGAAUGCGGCUGACAGCUAGAAAUACUAGUUCUCUAGUGAUCGACCAGUUGUGCGAUCAGGCAAAGAAGAAAGAUAUCGCGGUUGCCUGCUUCUACUGCGACUAUAAAGCCCAGCAAGAGCAGACCACCACCAGCAUGGUGGGGGCGAUUCUAAAACAGCUGGUAGGGAGAAGGGACAUCCCGGAUUAUGUACGCGGGGCGUUCCAAGAAGCGAAGAAGGAGAUUGGGGGUAGAGGGCUGCGACUUGCUGAUCUGAUGGGAAUGCUGAGAAUCGCCAUUGCUUCGAUACACCAGGCCUUUAUCUGUAUAGAUGCCUUGGACGAAUGCUUACCGCAGCAUCUUCCAGAACUCCUUGAAUCGCUAAGGGAUAUUGUUCGGGAGUCACCAGGGGUGCGGGUAUUCCUCACCGGGAGGCCCCACAUAAAAGAAGAGAUUCAAAGAUAUUUCUCCCAAGCGGUUGUGGUACCCGUCAGUCCCAACAAAGAUGAUAUUAGGAGCUAUGUCGAGCGGAGGCUAGACCGGGAUGCCGAACACGAGGCAAUGAACGAGGAAUUGAGGGUCGAUAUUGUUAGAACUAUCGUCGAAAAGAUAUCGGAUAUGUGGGUAGCAGCAUUUAGAAUUCCCCCCCCCUUCAAUGAUGUGUACUGAGUAGCGACCACGUGUAGAUUUUUACUUGUUUCUCUAAAUAUGGAUGCCAUUCUGGG